UUGUCCUGCGUAUCAGUAACCAUGCCCAGGUUUGACUAAAAAGGUUGUAGAGCCUAAACUCUUUUGUGUCUAUUGCCUACGCCUCUUUUGCCUUCAAUUACCCUUCCCGUUCCAAAGCCAGUGUUGAUCCUUAAAAAAAUAUCUUCGAUCAACGUCAGUGCGCGCUAAAAUAAAGGUGCUCAUCUUUGAGCUUGAUCCUCACUCAUUUACCAUUUUCUGUUCUUGUUCCUGCCCUCCUUUUUUCUCCCUCUUCUCUCUUCCUAUUCUCAUUAUCUUCGUCAAGUAUAGAAAAAGUAUAAAAAAAAAAAAAAAAAAAAAAAAAAAACAUUUCCGAUGCUCGAUUUCAUUUACAAUGUCGAUUAUUGGAAGACAUUUGUCCAACCCAGCAACUUCUCAUUGGAAAAUAUUCCAGAUCUCACUUCGAAAGUAGCAAUUGUCACAGGAGCGAAUGCAGGACUCGGUUAUGAGACAGCAUUGGAGCUGGCAAGGCAUGGUGCUCAUGUCUUUCUAGCUUGUCGCAACCAAACCAAAGCCUUGGAAGCAAUUGAAAAGAUGGAAAAGGAACUGGCAGAGACAGCACCUCAACUCUAUCCUAAAGUAGAUUUUUUAUUCCUGGAUUUAUCAAAUCUUCGUAUUGUCGCUCAGUCUGCGAAAGAGUUUCUGUCCAAAGGAUUACCGCUCCAUAUCUUGAUUAAUAAUGCGGGUCUAGGACUCAUACCAUCAAAGCUAAGCAAGGAUGGAAUCGAGAAUGUGUUUGCAGUCAACCAUAUGGGACACUUUUUAUUCACACAAUUACUGUUACCAAAAAUCAUCGAGUCACAGCCAUCAAGGGUCGUAAUCUUAAGCUCGUUAAGCCAUGCCUUGAAUUUGCCCGAAGGAGGAAUUCAAUUCGGAACUUUGAGUCAAGUAGAUGCAGAAUCAGCAGCUGUGAACUAUAAUCGAUCUAAACUUGCCAACAUUUUGUAUACUAAGGCAUUAGCGCGACGAUUAACAGAUGCAGGACACGAUAAAGUUUUUGUCAAUUCAUUACACCCAGGAUAUUGUUAUACAGGGAUCGACAAUGAAACGCAGGCUUUGUUUGGUCAUGCUGCAUCUAAAGCGAUAAUAAAGACGAGGGAGUUGGUUGGAAGACCUGCUGUAGAUGGGACCAUUACCUCGCUAUACUGUGCCACGAGCCCAGAGAUCGAGGAGAAGAGUUUGACAGGACGCUUUUUCGUCCCAGAUGCACAUGAGCUCCGUCCAAGCUCAUAUGCAAUGGAUGAAGAGCUGCAGGAGAGGUUAUACAAAUAUUCAGAAGACUUCAUGGUCAAACGGGGUCUGCUAUUGCCUUCAUAGAAUGAGGAUCAAGCCUUUUUGUAAUAAAAUUCCAGAUAACAAUGAAAAGCCUUGGUUUGUUUGCAAUCAUUACGCGUAGC